AUGCAGCUAAUGACAUGUACCAAUUUUGUUGGGAUGAUUGGGAAUCCACUUCUCAAGCUUGACAGGGAUGUCCCUGCAACCUAUGAGUAUUUCUGGUCUCAUGGAAUGAUCUCUGAUGAAAUAUUUCUAGCGAUCAGCCACAGUUGUGAUUUUGAGGAUUACACCUUCAAUAGCCCCCACAACGAGAGCAAGUCAUGCAAUGAUGCCAUUGCAGAAGCCAACAAUAUAGUUGGGGAGUAUAUCAACAACUAUGAUGUUAUUCUUGAUGUCUGCUACCCAUCAAUUGUGAUGCAGGAGCUACGGUUGCGAAAAUAUGCAACGAAAAUCAGUGUGGGAGUGGAUGUUUGCAUGACCUACGAAACGUUUUUCUAUUUCAAUCUACCAGAAGUGCAGCAGGCUCUGCAUGCCAAUAGGACACAUUUGAAAUAUCACUGGAGCAUGUGCAGUGAUAUCCUGAACUACAGCAAUACCGAUGGCAACAUCAACAUCUUGCCUACACUUCAAAGAAUUGUUGAGCACAAGAUACCACUUUGGGUGUUCAGCGGCGAUCAAGACUCUGUUGUGCCCUUGUUGGGCAGCCGCACCCUUGUGCGAGAGCUAGCUCACACCAUGGGGUUGCAUGUCACAGUCCCCUACAGCACUUGGUUCCGCAAAGGCCAGGUUGGAGGCUGGGUGACAGAGUAUGGCAACUUUCUGACCUUCGCCACAGUGCGAGGUGCAUCUCACAUGGUGCCAUUUGCACAGCCAGACCGCGCUCUCAGGCUAUUUCAGUCAAUUGUACUCGGGCAAAGACUACCAAACACAACCAAUCCACCAAUUGGGUAA